UAGUUGGUACACGCUCUCGUCUAAAUUAAGACACAGUUUCGGCCUCGAGAUGCGCGCGCGCACUCCGACCGUCCGCUCAAUAAAAACCAAACGUAGCACGUAUUAUAUUUUUUCCCAUCCCGAUUUUUUCGAAAACCCCCUACCCGGGUAGCGGGGGUUCAAAAAACCAAAACACGUAUUAAAAAAAACAACCCGGACAGUCAAAAUGUCUGUGAUGUGAAAAACGAAGUGAUAUUUUCGAAGUAACAAGAAUUAUUGCGUCAAUAUGAAGUUCCAAAUUGACGUUUUGGGGAUAUUUUUGAAAGUAGUCGUUAGGCUCAACAAAGUGACGUUCGCCCCCCUGGUGGUGUCGACGCUCUUCAUCCUCCUGACGUCACUGCUUGCACACUGCGCGCGCCGGUUUGUGCAGAAGACAGUGAAGGAACCCUUUGUGAAGCUAUUGCUUGAGGAGGCGAUCGCCGCUGCCGAGCUAUGCGGAUGCUGUUUCGAGCUGAUAGUUGUGGCGGAUAAUUUCGGCGUGGCCACGUACGCCAUCUUCUUAUUCGCGCUCACGAUUUGGUGGUCGUUGAACUGGGGCGACGCGACGGCGUGCCCCUACACACACGUGGAAGACCUCAUAGAAGGCAAAGGAGAUAUACGGAAGGCUCUUCUGAAAACGUGGGCGGAGCUCACUGGUGGUCUGCUGGUCUUCAAAUAUGUCCAGCUGUACUGGGCGCUGGAAAUAUCCGAUACUCAUAAAAACAAGGCUUUUGAGGAUUGUUCUGCUGAUUUACAGGUGCCAGUGCUCUACGGAGCUAUUGUAGAAGGCAUAGCAACAUGCCUUUGCAGAUUAGCAUCAAGGUCACUGAGUGAUCUUAACCCGAGAUACGCCACUGCCAUCGACUCUUUCAUCGGUACAUCAUUAGUCGUUGCUGGGGUCCUCACUAGAAACAAGGUAUUCGUCUACCGCUAUGAGGACAGUAGUGCUAAGGACCUCAGUGUGUCCAUCUUUUGCAAAGUCGAUGUAGGAAAAGCUUUCGACUACUCAGGCGGUUACUUCAACCCGGUGUUAGCGACAUCCUUGAAGGCGGGCUGUGAAGGUCACACCCUAAUGGAACACGCCCUGGUCUACUGGAUUGGUGCCACUGCGGGUUCCAUUAUCUCAGUGUAUUUGUACAAACUACCCUCUAUACAGAAGUAUGUAAGGGGUACCACGGAAGUGAACGGUGACAGUAUUUGGGCUGACAAAGAAGAUUAGGUAAUCACUUAGGUAAACCCAAAAACAAGAAGGUAAUCUGUAUUAUUUCAUUGUUUGUGUAUAUCUACAUAUAUGUCAUUUGCAAAGGGUAUUUUUUAUAUCACCCAAAACGACGUGCCUUUCUUAAAAAUAUUAUAAUAUAGUAUACAAGAAAUUUUAUCCGUAAGAACUUAAACAUGAAAAGUGAAUUUAUUUUCGUAUAAAGAACUUCUAUGUGGUUUCUUGGAGGGGUUGUAUUUUCUUGAAACAGAUUAUACUUAUUCAUUUAAAGUACUUUUUGAACCAAAAUUUACUUGUAUCUCAAUAAAUUAAGGGCUUUAAUGAUUUUACCCAUGUAACUGUCUAAAUGCCCUGUUACGUUAAAGAAACACAAAUCUUAAUGCUUUCAGAUCUAUUAAUUUCGGCCAUUCACACAGACAGUCUAUCUAUUUUUUAUUUUGUAUAUUACCCACUUAUAUAUUAUAAUAAUAUGUAUACAUCAGUCUUUUUUUACUCUAGUCAUUUACCUACGUAAGAAGAAACGAGUAUUAAUUUUAAAGGUUUUAGAAACAAAAUUAAUACUCAUUAUUUUACUAAUUUAUCUAUAAUAAUCAACAAUGAACUUAUAAGUAAUAUGGAAUCAAAUGAAAAUACGCGUGAAUAUGCGAACAAAAUUAAAUUUUCCUUUUUCAUGAACUAAUUAAGUUAUUUUAUAAGGAAAGUUAUUGUUAUAAUUUUAUAAUAUUUAUAAUUUACAGACGUUUGUUUUGUAUUAUAUUUAAGAGACCUGUCGCGUCUUCCAAAAGUAUAAUAAGUGCUACGUUCUCUUGUUGUAAAUAAAAGAUUUAUUUACUUAUGUUUAUAA